AUGCCGGGUUUGAGACGUUUGAUGCAGGAUGGGCCAUCCGAAGGUUUCCUAGAUUUUACGCGAUGCAUGCUCUGGGACGACAUCAUUCAUGCGACUGUGAUGCGACAGCUAUCGCUCAACGCGUUGCGCUGGUAUUCCUUGACCUGCAAAGCGAUCUACGGUGAAGUGCAGAUAUUCUAUCAACGCAGUUACUCCCUGAACCCCAUACUAGAACCGUUCAUUCCCUUAGAGCAUAUUCCGGCUUUCCGUCGCCUUCAAGGAGAAAGUGGACUCGUUAUCUCUGGUUCUGCAGCUCUACAGUUUUUUACAAGAGCAACAUACCCGGAAUCGGAUCUCGACCUCUACGUUGAGUACGCACACGUGUUUGAAGUCGGCAAAUGGCUCGAGUGGGAUGUGGGGUGUAUUGCGCUGAAUCAUCACGGCGAACCACAGCCUUUCUACCAAACGUACUUCCACUGGAUCGCUUCAGAUGCCCAACAUCGUCGCAUUCCUUGCCAGAGGCCUUGUUACACAGCGCUGCCAGGAAGCAGGGGAAAUGCAGUCCCUGGUGACUUGGCGCAUAGUACACAAGGCAAUUACAGUUUCAAGGGCAUCCGUGCCGUUGUCAGUUUCCUGUCUCCCGUUCACUCAAGGAAGAUCCAACUCAUAAUCUGUCGGCGCAAUGUCAUGGAAGUGAUCCUCGGGUUCCACUCAACGGUCGUCAUGAACCUGAUCACAGUGUCUCAUGCUUACAGUCUGUACGGCAAGGAGACACUGGAGAGGAAGAUAUCUCUCCCCGUUGACAGCGCACGCUCAGAUCUUGCAAUUGGGAACCUCGAAGCCGCAAAGAGUAAAUAUGUGGCUCGUGGUUGGACGAUGAUCCCAACGCAAGCUGAGGCCUUGCGGCGGAAGGCAUUCGAAGGAUGGACGGCUAGACAUGUGGGUGAUUCAAAAUGUUGGGUGGUCAACCUGCCGGUGAAGCGUGCGGACUUGUUCAAGACGACGGACCCCCUGCGCAAGAACGAAUGGGCGCUGCUGGGAUAUAAGUUCGGCAUGCCAAUGAUAAUGCUUCAGUUGUGA